AUGUCUGGUGAAGCGUGGCUCUACCUGUUGGCGGUGUUGAUCAAUGCCGUCAACCUGUUCCUUCAGGUUUUCUUCACGAUUAUGUACAGUGAUCUGGAGUGUGACUACAUCAACCCGAUCGACCUUUGCAACCGUCUUAACGCCUACAUUAUCCCCGAAGCAGCCGUUCACGCUUUCCUGACCUUCCUCUUCGUCAUUAAUGGCUACUGGCUCGCUAUCUUCUUGAAUUUGCCUCUCCUGGCCUUCAACGCAAAGAAGAUCUAUGACAACCAGCACCUCCUGGAUGCGACUGAGAUCUUCCGCAAGCUGAAUGUGCACAAGAAGGAAUCGUUCAUCAAACUCGGCUUCAGCCUCUUGAUGUUCUUCUUCUACCUCUACAGCAUGAUUGUUGCUCUGAUUCGCGACGAAGGACACUGA